GUCGUCGGGCAGUAUCGGCCAACAUGGCUGCGACGACGGUCAUGUGCGCGGCGGGCGCUCGCAUAGCGCAGUGAGCGCGAUGUCACAGCCGCAGCGCGCGACGCCCGGCGGCGGGCGAAAGCGCGGCCACCAGCACCAUCCGCGCAACGCCGGCACGCGCUUGCCGCCUCCACACAACAACCACUGCGCCGACCUAACCUCAACAUCGACAACCUGUGGGGCCAACAUCAACAUCAACAACAACAAUCAUCAACGCUCGUCCGCAACAGCAACUGCUUUAAUUAGUGAUACGCGUACACCACUCCAAAUACUAUGUGAUGAUAGUAUAAGCAUAGGUAGUAGUCAUAAAUUUGGCGGCGGUGGUGGCGGCACGACCAAGUCUUCGAAAGACGCCGCCAACCAGCGCUUACGUACACCGUCCGCAUUAGGCAAUCUAGAUUUAAGCAAGUCAAGCAACGACGGUAACAAUGGUAACAUAGGUAACACGAGUAACUUAAGUAACAUAAGUAAUAAUGACGAAUAUAACGAUAGUAGUAGCAUUACGGUAAACACAAACAACGCUAAACAAUCAGAUGACGAUCAUAUGAUCGACUUCGACGAAGACUUCAAUAGGAACAAGCUGCACGAGCACGACAAGUCCAACUCGCCGGACAUGUCGAAGAUCUUUCGUCCGUCAGCUGACGGCUCAAGUCAGAGCGAUCAAGAGGAUCCCGAGUACGAAGAACUCGCGCGAUUGCGAUGUACCUCGGAGCGGACGGAAGUCGUCGCUGAGCGCGAGACACGCCGAAGGAAACGACGAUGCGCUGAUUAUCCCGGACUUGCAUUCGGCAGUUCCAUCUUUAGCUCGGACACCCUCAUGAAGUUCUCCAUCAUACGCAACGAGCUGCACAAUAUCAUGAAUACACAACUCAAGCGGGCUGAGUCCGAAGUCGCCGCCCUCAACCGUCGUAUUCAGCUCUUGGAGGAGGACUUGGAACGUUCUGAGGAGCGUCUGGCCACCGCCACCGCUAAGUUGGCUGAAGCCUCCCAGGCCGCCGACGAGAGCGAACGGAUACGCAAAGCGUUAGAAAAUAGGACUAACAUGGAGGACGAUCGAGUGGCCCUUUUGGAGACCCAGCUAGCGCAGGCUAAACUAAUUGCUGAGGAGGCCGAUAAAAAAUACGAAGAGGUUGCCCGCAAAUUGGUGCUCAUGGAGGCGGAUUUAGAAAGGGCCGAAGAGCGAGCCGAACUUAGCGACAGCAAGAUCGUAGAACUUGAGGAGGAACUCCGCGUCGUCGGCAACAACCUCAAAUCCCUUGAAGUUUCUGAAGAAAAGGCGUCCGCCACGAGAGACUCAAACGAAGAUAAGAUUAAAGUAAUGGCUGACAAAUUGCGCGAAGCUGAAGCCCGCGCUGAAUUCGCCGAACGUUCCGUUCAAAAACUCCAGAAGGAGGUCGACAGGCUCGAAGAUGACCUCGUAGGGGAAAAGCAGAAGAGCAAACUGUUAGAGGACGAGAUGGAAGCCACUAUGAACGACAUUGCAAACAUGUAGAAGCGCACGUCGAUUGAAAAAAACGAUUCAUUUCUUUGCACGAAAACAAUGACGAGCAAACUGAUUCGAACACCAGCACGAAUCGCACGACAUAACGACCACGAAAAUUGUUUACGUUCUUGUUUAUUUUUUUAUUUUUUAGCCACGCGUUUGUCCGGAACAUGCGCUCCCGUUUUUGUUGUUUGAAGAAAUGAACGGAUAACUAUUUACACAAAAUAUUUAUAAAAUUGAGGCAAAACUGUAUUUCUCUCUCUCUUUUAAGUGCAGCCCUAAUUAUUAAGCUAAAACACACACAGAACAUUCAGGGCUAUUUAUAUCUACAGUUAUUUAUUAUAUUAUUAAUAUAACAUCCAGCAAACAACACAGACACACACAGAGUAGGUGCUUCAGCUUUCUUCCAAAAAUAAGUUUCAUGAGAAGCGCAACACUCAAGCACAGAGUGUUGAUUUCUCAGCGUUUGUAAACUUGCGACAAUAACUUUGCACCCGAUCGAAAGUAGCAUUAGAUCGAUGAGUAUGGUCCAACACUGCCAUAAUAAAUCAAUAAUGAUUGAUGAAUAUUCUACAUUCCGCAGCUGCUUCCAUAAACGUUCCAUUUAAGGACCAAAACUUCAUUUCCAUUAAUUAAGUUAUCAUGGAUAGUCAAAGCAUAGCAUGUCCUAAUGCGGCGCUAAAGUGUAAUAAAUUGAAUUGGUUAUUAAUUUCGUUUUCACUUUUCGGAUAAAUAAUUUGUAAAUUAUGUUGGUAAUAAAAAUGAAGCGAACUAAGGCUUUCUACGAAUGUUUAUGAAGCAUAAGCAAACAUGCAUUACCUUAUUUUAUAAACAAUGAGUUCAUAAUCAGCAUUUAUAAUUACACAUUCAUAAGUUGCCUCUGGUGUCAGAGGCAGACUCUAUUAAACUAUCAAAGAAGUAAAUGGCAAGAGGAAAAUAUAGUCCUGUUUAUAUUUUAUAUAAUUAUUAUUUCUAAUUUCUAUAUUAUGUAUUUUUAGCGUAAAGAAAUUACUAAUUAUGGUUACAUUAUAAAGAUGAUUUUAAUAGCCAAA